AUGCAUGGGGAUUUAAAUCCACAAAGGAUUCUCUUAGAUUCUUAUAUGACUCCUAAGAUUACUGAUUUUGCUUUUGCAAAAGUGUGUAGUCCGGAUGGGCGUGAAAGACACAAGGGUAGUUUACUCGGUACAAGGGGUUAUAUGGAUCCUGGAUAUGUUAUUGACCGUAUCUACUCAGUGAAGAGCGACGUGUAUAGCUUCGGUAUCACUCUUCUUGAGAUAAUUACUGCAAAGAGGCCCGAUGCACUUUUCAAGGAUGCAGGUGAUCUUCUCAGAUUGCCGACAGUGGCAGGAUCAAUGGAGAUGUACCACAUGAUAGAUCCAGCAUUGCAUGGUGAAUCAAAAAUGGCCGAGAUAAUGAGAUGCAUUCAGAUCGCGGUAUGGUGCUCCAGGCCCAAUGCGGGAGACCGGCCCGGCAUGUGGGAUGUUCUUCUGAUGCUCAGCUGCAAGAGUGCAACCUUACGUGUGCCGGAGCCAUCCCAGAGCCAGUGCGAUACACAGGAGCCGUGUGAAGGGGUGCUAUCGGAUUCAGAGAUAACUGAACCAAGAUAG